AUUACCCACAAAUAUCCCACAAACUCUCUUCUCAAAAUGUAUAGUCCUUCCUCACACCCUCUUCCAAUAUUCUCACUAAAACAACCAUCAUCUUCAGCUCUUACCUCCAAGAAGAUCAAAAAACUUAUCCACACUCUCAUUGUCUCUAGCAUGUGCUGUAUUAUUCGUGCACUAUCCAAAGCCAAAUCAACUUUAGUUGAGAUUCUUAAGGGCAGUAAAUCCAACAUUAACUUCCCUUAUCCUUCGAACAAAAAAUAUUCCAACAAGAAAAAGAAAAUCAUUAUGGGGUCAUUUAGGCUUCACUAUAAUUGGUGCUCUUCAAGAUCUUAUUCUCAUGUUAUGCCAAUACCAUCUCGAGUUUAUGAAGGGUUGCCUAAAACUGUUAUUUCAGGUGAGCAAGCUCAGAAGUGUGACAACAAUCUUCAACAUGGUGAAGAUUUUUGUCACGAUUCUGAGCUUGAAGGAUACCUGCGGUGGCUUGAGGAGAUUGAUGGUGAUGGUUAUGCGGGGAGUAAAAAGGAUGAUGAGAUUAUUAAGGAUGUUGAUAUGCUUGCGGAAAUGUUCAUUACUAAUUGUCAUGAGAAAUUUAGGGUUGAAAUGGAGGAGUCUUGUAGAAGGCAUCAAGAAAUGUUGGCUAGGAGUUUGUGAUAAAAAAAAAAGUUUAAAAUGUUAGUUUAGUUUAGUUUAUAGAUUAGAAUUUAAGUCACUGUUAGUUCAUGUAAAAAAAAGUCACCUUUUAGUUUUUUUUUUUUUGGUGCCAAGUCACCUUUUAGUUAUCAUGGGGUAAAACUUAUUAUAUAUAUCCAUUGGAUAUAUUUAUGUGUAGAUUUAAGUUUCAUAUUUGUCUUUUAACUUUUUCAUUUCAAAAUAUGGAAAGGAAGAGAGGAGUUGAACAACCCAAGAAUAUGGGAUUGAUGAAGCUAGAAUUGUACUAUACUUAUAUUCAUAUUCAUGGUAAUUUUAAGUGUUAUGUGA